AUGAACGUUCGAAAUUUGUCGGAGGAAUUUGGCGACGAUGAGGAACUAAGCCUUAGUGAUGAUGUUGAGGGAUUGAUGGAGGAUGACGAAGCCUUCAUCGGGGAGGAUACAGCUGCCCGUAGAAGUAGUAGUAGUAUUGAGAUGAUCCAUAUGGGCAAGAACAAUGUUGGGCUGACUUCCUCAACAUCGGAAUCGAUCAAUAACACCAAGAGGAUCCUCACUUCUGCAUCAUCAUCAACAACAACAGAAACAACAUCAGGCCUUACUCAUAAGAACCUACAGAAUCAUCAUGAUGGGCAUCUUUCAAACUCGCUUCAAAUUGAAGAUUUGGAAAGAGAAAUAGCCAUGAUGAAAGUUAACGAGAAGGACGAAAUGAAGAUCAAUCAGAGUUUAAUGAAAAUUCUCAAUGAGCCAAUUUUAACCGAUGAUACCGAUCUAGGAAAGGACCUCGAACAAUUUUUAGAGGAAAUUGCUCAAUCCUCUGCCCUAAAGGACGAGGUCACGACGGAGGUAUUGGCACAGUCUUCAAAUGAUGACGUCGAGUAUCUAGAUACGCACCAUCACCCUUCAUCUUCCACAGAAAAAGAUCCCACAAAAAGUAUAUUAAAAAGCGAGAAAAUGAAAAAGAUUGGCAACGAAAUCAAAAAACCAUCCGUGACGUCUAAAGUGGGAAAAACAAUUUUAUUAAGACUCUCCCGAAAGUAUGCUGCUUUUGGAACUGACCGAGGAAUCAUUUUAAUAUUCAAUACGUUUUCUGAUGACCAAGAAUUGCGUUGCAUUCUCGGAAAUACAACGAAUGAGGAUAGCAAUGCUUCCACAGGAAAGGUUACUUCCAUGUGCUUUUCAUUUAAUGAAGAUUGGCUCGUAGCAGGCUAUGAGAAAGGUGCUGUCAUUGUUUGGGAUGUUUCUAAGGCUAGUAUCAUUAAGAGGAUCGAUGAUGGAUUUACCUCACCCGUAGUUUGUGUGGCAUUUGUGACAGACAUGUACUCGAUUGUGGCCUCUGAGAUGCAUUCAAGUACAUUCAAAUGCUUUGCGUUAUCUAAGGUGCUCUUUAGAUAUAGUUAUAGCCUAAUGUUUCAAUGUUCUGUUGGCGACGAUGCAAUCAUUACCAUGUCAUCCUUAUCAUUGGGUUCAAGCAAGUGUUGUCUGGCUGUUGCUACACGGAGCGGUGGUUUACAUUUCUAUUACAUUGACAAAAAUUUAGCUCCAACCAGCGAUUCAGUAACCAGAGGGAAAGGACAUUUCGGUACUAGAGGUCACUUGCCUUAUAUUGCAUGGGCUAACACUUCAAAAGCAAAAAUUAUUGGAUUUGCGUAUGGAAAAGAUGUUACGGUAAUUGAAAUUGACAGAAAUGCUGGAUCUUCCAUGAAAGAAGAGUUAUUUAGCACCCAACUCGAGCAUGACAUAUGUGGGCUUGGAUGGCUUGACGACAAAUGUCUAAUGGUCCUAACCACUGAAAAAAAAGUUCACUUAUUUGACAUUAGAAUUGAUGAAUCUGCCAUGGUAGAAAGUGAAGAUAUCGGCUUCAUGAAUAUUAUGGGCAACAGCAGCAACGUAUCAGGCUCUAAGCAUUUCAUGACAGACAUUAACCCAUUGGGAUUUGUCAUGUUAGGAGAGCAUGAACUUGUUCGCAUUACCGUUAAACCUUGGAAUGAACGAAUAUCACAACUCUCUACUGCGGGUUUAUGGAAAGAAGCACUUGAGGUUGCACAUGAUUUCUAUUCAGGAAAGGCAAAGUGCGUGAUUGGACUCAAUCCAGAGUCAGCUCACGAUACUUUGACCAGUAAAAUCAUCGAGUUAGUGAAUGAGUACCUCACACUUAGUUUGAUGAAUGAUGGAACAAACUAUGAAGAUUACAUUUAUCGGCAUGUUGGAAGUACCUGCAUUGAGAGUUGUGUUCGAGUUGCCAAGUUUGACAUGCUCUUUAACACGAUUUUUAGCAUGUUUUCAAAAUGUGACAAAACGCAAAUCUUUUUGGAGCUAAUAGAGCCCUACAUCAUUGGGGGAGCUUUGAAAUCCAUUCCAUGGCAUGUUUUUGAAUGCUACAUUAGGUGGUAUGGUCCGCAGGAUAGAGAACGUCUGGAUUCAAUAAUUAUGAAAUUGGACUUGCUAGAUUAUGGGCAAUACGAGACUCUGAUUCAGUACUGCCAACAGUACAACCUGCUAAAAUCAUUUGUUUAUAUCACAACCAUCUACAAACGAGAAUAUAUUGAACCUCUAGAAACUUUAGUUCAUACACACGGUGAAGGCAAAGAAAAACAAGUUGCAGAAGUAAUACUUCAUUUCCUAGAGCAGUACCUAAUUGGUAAUAUUCCUGACGCAGUCCCUGUCAUCACAGAUGUCAAAAAAGAUGUUGUAGAUUUUAUAUUUGAUGAAGAGGAUGACAACGUUGGAUGUGUUUUCCAUGCAUUAGCAAAGCACUACCCUGACAAAUUUUUCGAGGUUCUAGAAAUAGCAAUGAACGACGACUCGAACACUAACCCAUGGGACGAAGAUUUUAAUCAGGAAAAUUUAGUAGAGUUUAUAUUAAGGCUCCAAAAACCAAAUCAAUUUAUGAAACAUCCUUCGUUUUACGACGGAAGGAUUGCCUUCUUUUCAUUCUAUUCAAAGUUACUGGCGAAAGGAAUUUUAAAAGCAGAUGAUUACAACAUUUUGCUUGUAAUUUUUACUUAUCUUGCUGAGGACAGCUUAAAAAGGCUUAAAAAUACCUCAGAUGAAACAGAACGACAACGAAUUAAAACGCUUAGAAAAUAUCGAGAGGAAAGGUUUAUUGAAAUUUUGGAGAAACGACAAACAUAUUACGACAAGACAAAAUUUAUGGAUCUUGCAAAAAGAUUUGAUUUGUUCACGCUGGCUAAAUUUUUCAUGACAACCACUCAAAAAUAUCAGUGGUAUCUUGAGGUGAUUUUGAAAAAGAUUUUCGAUGUGAAUUGGACAGAAAUUCCAGAGAUUGCAGAAGAAUUGGUGGUAGACUUUUCCUUCUCCAAUGUAUGUCAUCAGUAUUCGUUUGCCAUUCUCCAAAAGGCUGUUGAGGAAGAACAAAACAAGGAGCGACAAAAGGUUUAUCGCUUCUUCUUUUAUUGUUAUAUCACUUCUCUCAUGUUGGAUCCAUUAACAGAAAGUGGUACUCUAAGCAUGAAUGAGAUUGGAAAGAGAGGCAUACCAGUAGAUGAAUUAACAUACACCUAUCUGGAAAUGUUGUGCGAGUUUGAAGACAACAAGAGAGUCAAAGAAUUCCUUCAACAGCAAGGCACUGCACUCGAUCUUGAAAGAUGUAUGAAAAUUUGUAAAGACAUACCCGAAGCAAAAUCAUUCUUACUUGAAAGAACCGGUGAGGUCAGACAUGCCCUAAAUGAAAUACUUCGAGAGUUAGAAAAUACAAUGAAUAUGCUCAAGUUGAAAUUAAUUGAUGAGGUAAAAAGAAAGGGAAACUCUGCAUUUGAAAAGCAUUUCGAUUCAAUUUCCAAAGAUUUUAAUCUCAUUACCGACGAUCCGCCAGUAUUUACUCCAAACGAGCCCAUUGAGGAUCAAAAGCAAAUACUUGCAAAAAAACCAAAGAAACGUCUACCCAAAGUCACCAAAUCUCAAGGAUACAAAGAAAAUGCGGAACUUUGUGAUGUUUUGGUGUGUGAAGAAUCAAAGAAUUUGGUAAAGGAAUUGAAAACAGCAAUUAAUUUAUGCAGCGAGAACAGCGAAAGGAAAACACUUGAUGAUUCUGAAGUACGACAACUGUGGUUCAAACUAUUGAAUACAUUUAGGUUGCUCCAGAGGCAGUUACGUUAUGGUUUCCUUGAGGGAAAGCCACUCAAAGUUGCAAAAGAGGAAACCGAUUCUUCAAGAAAAUCAGAUCAUUUCGAUGAGUUUGAUUUCAGCGGUGAAGGAACAGAAAUGGACGAAUUCGAUAUUAUUAAGGAAGAAAUUGUAGAUACAAAUACAGAAAUAUCAAAAAUUGAAAAGGAUCUCAAUGGUGAACGAGAACUCCAGGAUCCAGACGAGGAAAAAAUAGAAAAGUUGCAGGCAAAACUUAAAAAGAAGAAGGAUCACGUUCAUAACCUCCAAAUACAAUUAAAGGAGCUUGAGGAAAAAGAGAAAUUAGAAAGAAUGCUCGAGGAAGAGCGAAACAAUGAUCCGCGAGCUCCUCAUAACAUCCAAAAACUAGCAAAUUUAUGGCUUCAAAGAUGUAACGCCAUGUAUAUCAGACUCAUUCUCAAUGACAUGAUGCGUUAUGUAGAUAUUCCUUCAAUUUUAAAUGAAAUUGUCAAUGAGCAUGGAAAUGAUGUCUUUUGUGACGUGAAAGUCACCAUCAUGAGAUUGUUGGAUUGUUACAGCUAUGAAAGUGGUCUCCUAACACAAUCCAAUGAAUUAAUAUCCAGUGAUCUAUAUAACAUUAGUUGUCAUUUACAUAGAACUUUGAAUAAGGCCCUAAAGCCUCUCAACAGCACCUGCUUUUUGUGUGGUAAUCCAUUACGAAAAAAGACCACUGAAGAAUUCACCAUGUCUCGAAUUUUCCCUUGUGGACACGCCUUUCAUGUUUCUUGUAUUGGUGUUAAACAAAUUACGUGCGUUGAAUGUGAAAAUAUUGACGAAAAGGAAUUAAAAACACUCCUCAAAACAAGCAAGACAUUCAAGCUUGAAGGUAUGAAAGCCAAAGAGGAUGAAGCAUUAGGAAAAUAUUUUGAUUUUCGUGCGAUUGGACAACAAGUGGACUCAACUCUUAAGAGGUUACUCCCUCUCGAUAUCAUUCAGGAGACUACAAAGAAGAAUAAUGCAGCAGGUCGAAAGAAUGUCGCAGACCUUUUGUUAGAACAAUUAAGUGCAACAUCUUCAUUCUCGGUCAAGCGAUUAACAGGUCUGAAACUAUUAAGUUUAGCUCCACCGAAGAUUAGCAACUCUAGUGCACGAAUAAGAUUGACAACUUCACAGAAAUCAUCGCACGCACUAAUGACGGUGGACGAAAACAACGAAGAUGAAUCCAACACAGAGAAAGCAGCCGAUAACAUUGACAACAACAAUACAUCAGAGGGAGAAGUAAAACCUGCGAGAAAGCUAGGACCCAUUCAAAAGUUCAAGAUUUUAGACUUGGAAGAGAUUAUGAAAGAAAUUGAAGAAAUGUACAAUUAUUAA